AGCAGCUGGAGCAUGUGGUGAAGUGUGUGAGAAGAAGGGAUUCCUAAGGGCUGAGAAGGCAUGAAAAUGAAAUGGGAGACUGCUCUCUGGAUGGUUGCCUGCUUACUGUUUGCAUCUCUACCCAGAGGUCAACCAGACACAACAUGUCAUGCGUUUGUUGGAGAAACUGUUGUUUUGCCUUGCAUCACCACUUCUCCUGGAAAGCUCACCCUCUCCAGUUCAAUGCUGUUCUGGCAGAUAGAGGCUGAUGAUCCUCAGCACACCAUUGUAGUGCACUUUGCUCUCAAUGGGCAGGAUUUGCCGCAGUUCCAGAAUGACAAUUACCGUGGCAGAAGUAGCCUUUUUUUUGACCAGAUGAAGCAUGGCAACUUUUCUUUAAAGCUCUCCAAUGUCAAAUUACUGGACACAGCUGUAUAUAGUUGCAUCUACAAACAGACAGGGGAUCAUUCCGACAAAACACAGAAAUCUAAUGUUAAACUCAUUGUAUCAGCUCCUUCUAUCCCUGAGGAGGCUCCUUCCCCCUCUGGUCACAGACAGAUUUCCUCCAGAAGCCCCAGUGAUGCACCAUGUCUGGCAAUGCUUCCCCUCUCUUUCUACCUCCUGGUCCCACUGGGAGUUUGGCACAUAUAACUGGGGAAGCCAACCUUCUCUUUGGGAAGUUCUCCUCACCAGAGGACCUCAUUGGACAGAACAGCUGUGUAGACAGAACAGUGUGACAACUGUUCCAGAGCCACAUGAAAGAAACACCUUAGCUGAAAACAGACCUAGCACUAGGUGUUUAGAUCCUGCAUUUUGAUGUUCCACAAAAUCAAAGGCAGCAAAACUCUGAGGUGGCAAGUCUUGUUUUCAUUUCUUUCUUGGAGCCCAGUUUUAGUACUGCCAGUAUGAACAUAUGGAUUUUGUGGUUUUGUUUCAAUGACAGCAUAAAAGACUCAUAAAACUACAGUCACAUCAUAAUUGACCCUAGUGAGAUCUUUUGCCUGAGAUCUUUUGCCUAAGAUCUUAUCUGCUGUCCUUCAAGAGAAUUGUAGGGAGGAGAAAGGUAAUUACCCUCUGUGUCAGAUAAAAACUGGAAGUAGGAAGCUGCUCUUGUUUUCUGAAAUGUAAGGACACAAAUCUUGUGCAACUUGAGCAUGUGAAACUUCAGCUUCUAUUUUUACUCCUAAGUAUCAUGGGCUAUCAGUAACAACUUUUUAUUCCACAAUAAAUGUAGUAUUUCUUUAGCUGAAGGGUGAAGGUGACUGAGAAUGAUGAUGGAAGUUCAUAAAACAUCAACAUAGAGGAAGUGAUACGUUAUUACAAAAUCCACUUCUAAAUAAGCCAAAAGCAAAAAAGAUUUAAUUCUGUAUUUCCUCUUUCUGUCAUGAAACACAGCAAGAUAAAUGUGAUCAUUGUGCAAAAGAUGGAUUCUUAAGGUAGAACUGUGCGAAAAGAAAUUGGUACUGUGAUAAUGUUACAUCUUUAAAAGCAGUACCUUUGAAGAAAAACUGGUCAGAAUAAUUGUAACUGAUACCUAUGCAAAUUAAAUGGAUUUACUUCUGGAAAUGUUUGAUUCAGGUAGCACAGAUGUCCUGUGUAAACCUAAGAUUGAAAGGAUCCUGAAUACCAGCAGUAUCAAGAAAGUCCAGAAGUUCUGUUUCAUGCUACAGCUGCUGCACCCACGCUAUUGCAGAACUGAGAAGCAUCCGGAGAACUACUCACCCAGGCUGGUGAACAGGGGUGACUGCAAGGCGCUCCUUCUGGCUGGGCCCUCAAGCCAGGGGAAGUGGCUGACUCAUAAGGAUGCACAUAAAGUCGUUUUGAUUUGGAACAAUUCCACCCUCUUUCCCACAGAAAGACAGGAUUGUUUUGUAAGGAAGGGAACAGAAUAGAGCUUUAAGUGGUAUCCAUUGAGGUAAAGGAGAUGGUUACCUGUGACUUUCUUAACAAAGUGCUCUUUCCUCACAGUGGGGAAAAGGGACAUAAUCCCAUGCACAGCCUGAGCUGCUGCUGCAGUGAUGCUCAGCUGGCACUUAGACUACUCUGCGUACACAGAACCUUAGUGUAACAGUUGGGGUCCCACUUCAUAUAAAGAUUUUAAUAUAUGAAUUGUACAUACUGUGAUUGUCUUUUUGCAUCCUACCUUCCAAAUCUUUGUAUCAGAUUCCAUGUAUUUUUCAAAACAAAAGUUGAUUUAAAAUUAAAGCUUAAACAAACAAAACCCUGAAGAGAGCAAUCGUCUGGUCUGUAAGAGUUCUUAAUUUGUAUUCCAGUUGUUCCUACAGUUAGCUAGGCUCCCCAUGCAAUCAGAAAAUCCAAAAGGUGGUAUCUGUACAGGCCUGUUAGUCCCAAAACUCUGAACUGCUUGCCCUCAUCUCAAAGCCCAUGACUCCUAAAAUCUAACAGCCAUUUAAGCAGCCCUCCACUUUUCAAAAGGUGUUGAGGCACAUGAACAACGUGAGCACCUCCGCUCACAAGUGCAAGCUGUGUGACUAUAAAGCUGCAUUUAUUGGGCAAGCUAAUGAAUAAUUAAAUAUCUUUAUGCAGGCAUGCAGGUCUAGGACACAGCCUCAGUACUGCAGAGAGGGAGUCAUAUGUUUACAUACAGCUCAGUCAUAUGUUUUAAGAGCAGGCACUGUGCUGACUGGUGUUAUCAGGAAUGCCCAAUUCCUUCAGUCAUCUGCCUCUUUCACCGUUAGAAGUGAUUCUCCCUGCCUGUUCAAACUGGCAUGAAUCACAAUAAGCACAUCAGCAGAUGAAGAUAGGAGGAAAGAAGGGUGGGGGAAGAAAACUGAAUGACCUCUAAAUGGUGUUUACACCACUACUUUUUUAUUACUCUGAUUUGCAGCAGCACUUGGGAUGCUUAAACACCUCUGGUUUUAUAUUUUCCCAAAACUAUAGUUAACUGCCAUUCUGAUUUCCUUGGGGACUGCAAGGAAAGGUUUGAAUGACCAGUAGACCUCGGUUUGUCCUUCCUUGCCUGGGUGACACUGUUGUGUUCCCCCCAUGCACAGAACACGAGCAGCACAUAUUUCUUGUGUUUUCCAGAAUUUCAUCAUGAAUGAGAAGGAUAGCUUUGAAAACUAAGGAGAACAAUAACGAUUCACACAUUUAAGGAGAGAUCUCCACUUCUGUCACUUGUAGUAUCUUGGUAGCCCACAACUACAUACUUCAUAUGGCAAGCUCAUAGGCUGAUAAUCUGCUACAUUAAAGAAAUUAAGAGAUCCUUGUACAUUAUUCUUGCAAAAGAAUGGCUGUAAAAGCAAAUUUGGUUUUUUUUUUAUGUUUGACAGUAACACUGCUAAGAGACAAAAAUGAAUUUAUUUGCUCUUCCUGUAGUUUUUCUAUGCUUAAAGUGAGGCCAUUUUAACUGGUUAACGCUUUCCACUGAGCUCCUUUCAGUUCCAUAUAGCGUGGGAGAAAUGGCCCAAAAAGGUCUUCAGUGAGAAAUGAAUGUAAUACCUUUGAUGCAGAAUUUUCACUGCUGUUUCAGCUAAGCCUGAGGGAAGUCAUUCACAAAGCAUGAUGUUCAGCAGUUGAACAAAGGCUACUGAAACAUGUUGAAAGUAAGCAUGGAAGGUGACUAUUUUUAUGCGGCACAAAAUCAUGUUGCUAUUUGUAAUGCAAUCAUCAUUGCAAUUUCUGUUUCAGCUUCUGAGAUUGUCCAAUUUUAGACCCUUCUCUUCCCCUCUCUAUCUAUCUCUUUCUGCAGAGAUGCUGGCCACCACUGAAAUCAGCUUGGAAAAGAUAGCCAGAUAGCAGUUCCUUAAGUGUUUUUCUGAGGGUUAAGGCUGACCCAUACAACAAGCAAGCUCCCUUCAGCUAAUUCAAGCCAUGGGAAGAAAAAAUAAAACCAGCUCAAACAAAAGACUCAAGCCCUGGAAUGCAGGCUACUCAGUUAUUUGCAGAUGGAGGAUUAUCUAAAUUUCCACUCUGAAAUAUAAAAAAUAUAUAUGUAUUCACACACACAUAAGAUCCUGCUAGCUUGCAAACACACAGACCCUGCAAGAAACAGUGUGUUUCCUUACAGGAGUAUUUCUUGGCCUGACAAAAGUCCCAUCCUACAAACCUUGGGUUUAGGUCACCUUGGCUGUAAUAGCAUUAUUGUUUAAAACAAAC